GCGACAUACAGUUUAGUGCAGACUCGCUGAGAUCUACAAAUGUGAAAGUAUACAAACACCUGUGCAAACUAGAAAUGACACGGUCAGCUUGUAGCAUAGGAUGGAAGAGGAGAAGAAUUUUCUGUUGUUUAAUGGUUACCAACUAGGUAAAAAGAUUGGGGAAGGGUCGUACUCCAUUGUUAAAAAGGCAUACAGCUUAAAGUUGGGAAGGAAAGUGGCCAUUAAAAUCAUUGACAAGAUGGAAGGACCAAAAGAUUUCAUUCACAGGUUUCUACCUCGAGAGCAGCAAAUAGUAGGCCUCCUGCACCACAAGAACAUCAUUGAAACCUAUGAGAUACUAGAAGCAAGCAAUGGAACAAAGCUUUACAUGGUGAUGGAGCUGGCAAACGGAGGAGAUAUCUAUGAAGUCAUCCAUAAAAGCGGUGCAAUGUCGGAGGACCAAGCCCGAGUACUCUUCCAGCAGUUAGCGGAAGCUAUCCGUUAUCUACAUAGCAUUGGUGUGGCACACCGGGAUUUAAAAUGUGAGAAUGCAUUGUUGGAUCAUGGGGUACUCAAACUGACCGACUUUGGAUUUGCCAAACUAGUUCCAACCACCCACAAAGAGCUGUCACAAACAUUCUGUGGUAGCACAGCGUAUGCAGCACCUGAGAUACUACAAGGUAAGCCCUACGACAGUCGAAAGGGAGACAUAUGGAGUAUGGGUGUUGUGCUCUAUGUCAUGCUCAGUGGAAGUCUACCUUUUCAGGACAGCAACAUCCCUAAAAUGCUCUUGCAUCAGCAGAAAGGUAUAACUCUUCCCAGAAAUCUUCAUGUAUCUGAAGAAUGCCACGCUUUAAUGAAACAACUACUAGAAGCAGAUACACAAACAAGACCAUACAUUAAUGAAGUAAUUUGCCACCCAUGGCUCAAGAACCAGUGACUUAUGAAAAAAAAAUUUCCAUUGUUAUUGUUGCCAACUCCCUUGUUUAUGGUUUGAAAUAUAAACUUCCUAAUAACAUACAAUUACAGAUA